AUGUCAAAUAAAUCCAAAAGUAAAAUAAACAGUACAAUAUGGACCAUUUUUCAGGUGCAAUUUUUAACAUUUUUAUUUUUAUUUAAUUUUAUAAUUUGUGAAAAUGAAAUUUUAGAUAACUCUGAAGGAAAUUCAGGUCCUGACAAUGCCAUUUUACCUAAUAAUCUGGAUUCAAUUCAGAAUUCAAUAUCAAAGUCAAUAAAUGAAAUCACUCUACUACCAAGUUCGGAAGAUAUUUCAAGUUUGAACAUUUUUGAGUUAAAUAUUCAGGAUCAGUGUAAUCAACUUUGGUCAUAUAGAAACAAACUAAAGCAUGAAGUUUCAAAUAUAGUGAAACUGCAUAAGGAAUUUGUCAUUUUUUUAAAUAAGAAUGAGUCUAAGAAAAGUAUAAUUAAUCUAGAAGAAAUAUUCAAAAGAUUUUUGGACCUUUCUGUAAAUGACAACCGUACAAAAGAAAUUAACGAAAAAUUUAAAGAAUAUUUUGAAUUGGCAAAAGAUUAUUACUUUAUCUCUUCAGAUAAAGAUGAAUCCACAAAAAUACUUAUCUCGAGUAGAUCUUCUUUGAACUUGUCACUUAAAGAUCUUCUUCUUUUAAAAAAUGAAUAUUUAAAGUAUUCCAAUAACUUUGACUUGUGUAUUAAAAAUAAAAAAAAAGUUGUUAAAAAUGGAUCAGAAUCUAUAAAUGCAUUAAUAAAUAUUUCAAAAUUUCUAAACACAUCUGAAAAUACACUGAAUGAUGAAAACAUUGAUUAUCUUUCAAAGAUUUCAACUGGCCCAAAUAAUUUGGAUUCAAACUUUAGUUUUAUUAAAACAUUGAGAAAACUUCAAGAUAUUUGUGAUAAAGGUAUUGAUCAAAAUAAUCAAUCAACUAGAAAGAAUCAAAUCAAAUGGCUAAAAAAAAAUUCUAAUAAAAUUAAUAAAACUAUGGAUAGUUUUGAAGGCAUUUUUAAGAUGAAUUCAAAAAAAGUCAAUAAUUUGUUAAAUUGUAUUAAACACUUUCAAAAUUCCAAUUCAAUUAAUGAGAAUACUUUAGGAAUGAUUCAUAAAAUAGGAAAUUUGAUUGUGAAUUACUCUAUUAAUAGAAGAAAUGUAUUGUCAGUCAUUUCAUCGAGGUAUACACUUAUAACAUUAAAUGCUUAUAUAUUAAACAAUAGGUUGUUUUCUUUAUGGUUAUUUGUCCAAAAGAGAUUAACAACGGUUCAAAUUGCAAUUAAACUCAUAAAGGAAUCUAAAGAAUUGAUGAAUCGGAUUAAACAACAUUUAUCUAUGGAAGACUCUAUUGAAUUGCUUGCAAAAUGUUCAGAAACUUUAAGGAAAACUGCUUCGGACUGGAAUAUAUUUUUCUCCGAAAAAAAUUCAGCAAUUAUUAAUCAUUUGCGUAAAGAAACACUUAAGCAAUUAAACCAUUACAAAUUUGAAGGAGAUCCAAGUACACUUAAGAUUUAUAUGGAGUGGAUUUGGUUGAAUAAUAAUAUCGAAAGUAUCAUUGAACAAGGAUAUGAUGUAUUUGUGGGGUUGAUUAAAAGUGUUUUGAAAGAUCCACUUACAAAUUGUGCAAAAAACUUGAGCUCACUAUAUAAGAAUAUUAAGUCAGAAUUUAGCACAAAUGAAAAUUUUAGUGAUAAAAUUAAAAAAAAAAUUAACAAAGAAUAUAGGAGCGUUUUAAAUGAUGUUUCAAGUCAUUUAUUAAAGCAAAUUGAUUCUCUUUCUUCACUAAAACACUUGUUUUUAUGGCCACAUAAUAACGCCACCUUAAUCUCAGCAUUGUCAAUGUAUAAUCGAACUUCAGAGUUUGUAAACUCAAUCAAUUUAUCUCAAGAUAAAAAUGUUUUCGAAAAGCCAAACUAUUCUUAUGAGUUAUUAAAACAACAACAAAUUAUUACCAAAGAGUUUUCAACAUUGUAUGAAAAUAUUAAAACUAGAUUUAAUUGGGAUUUCAACUUAUUUCAAACUGAAUUCGGAUAUGUGAAACAUAUUAAUCUUGGAAUAGAAACUGAAGAAACUAUUGAUUUUUCUAAAUUGAAAAUUUUCCAAGAGCCCUCUGAUCAAUUUGGGGAAUGGUUUGAAAGUACACUUGAGUUUUUUAAUUUAAAUGAUUAUAAUCUUUCAAAAGUAAAGAAUAUAAUUGAGCCAGCAAUUCAAUUCAGAUUGCAGUUUAUACAACAAUGGUCAGAUAUUAUUUCGAAGAUUAUAAAUAAAGUGGGAAAUCCAACUGCAUUAAGUAUAAGCAAAAUAUCAGAAGAAGCUUACAAUUAUUAUUUGCAAUAUCAAGUUUCAAAAUCGAGAGAGUUUUCGAAUUAUUUUGAAAGUGAUUUAUCUAUUUUGAAAUACGUGGAUUCUGUUGAUAAUUCCUUAUCUGACUUAAACAAAGAGAGCUUUGUUUCAAAGUUUGAAACUACAAGUGCACCCAAUUUAGAUGGUUCUUAUCAUGGAGAUGACGAGUUCCCAUCUGUCUCAUCAAUUAAAAAUUAUUUAUCAGAUUUAAAAAACAGGGUUGAUAAUUAUUGCAAUACCAAAGAAAAAAAAAAAGAUGAAAACUAUAUUUCGAUUGUCAAAAAAAUUUGCGAUAAAUUUCCUCCUAUAUUUUCUACCAUAAAUCAAAAUUUAAAAGGAGUAGAUUCAAAAUUGCAAAAAGUUUAUUCGGACUUAGAAUUUCAAAAGGAAGAAAUCGCAAAUUUAGAUGUAAUUAUUCAAGAUUGUAUUUCUUUAGAUAAUAAAUUAGCUAGAGUUAAAUGUUGGGUCCCCAACCAAUCUAUUGAAUUACCAUUAAGAAGAGCACUCCAAAUAAGGAAAGUAAUGAAUAACUGGUUAAGAGAAAUAAUAAAAACAAAAAUAUUAUUAUUUUCAAACUUUAUUGAAGAUUGUUUGAAACUGAACUUUAAGGGAUCUUUGGUUUUUGAAGGUAAUGAGCCAAAUAAUAAUGAACAAAAUCAGAUUGAAAAAGUCAAGUCAUUUCAAUUGUUAUUAAAAUUAAUAAAUGACUUAAUGACAAAUAUUGUUGACGAAUUAAAUACACUAGAAACCAUUUAUUUAAAAUUCUAUCAAAAUAAAAUGAAAGAAAUAACGUCCGCCUCAGAUUCACUUGUUUUUAAUUAUGUAAAGUUAAAAUCCAUGAAAACUACUCUAAUACACCAUUAUGGAAAAGCAAAUUUAUUCCAGAAAAUUUUUAGAUUCCCCAAGUUAUUACUAUCUAAAGAUGAAAUUUACAAUAUAGAAAGCUCAAUAUUUGCAUUUGAGACACCUGUACAUAAUAAUGUAACUUAUGCAGCAGAUUUAACUGAUUAUAUUAAAAAUAACCAAAUAUCCUCAAAUAACCACACUAUUUUAUUAGGGAAAUAUGUAAAAGCACUUUCAACAUUAAAGAAAAGAAUUGAAGACAUUCCACAUAUCAAAUCGGAAAACUUAACAUUAUUAAAUGAGGAUCUUAUAUCUGAACUUGAAUUUGAGAAAUAUUUAAAUAUAGAAAAAAAGUCGUUAGUAAUUCUUGGAGAAUCAGACAAAUACCUUAAGCUUGCGAAUAUUGAAAAUUUUAGAUUCUACACUGUUAGAAAUAUAACAGGGAACAUAAAUGAUGUAAUAAAGAACCUUUCAGAGGAAAUUCAAUUAAAGGAAGAAGAACUUGAAAGAAGAGAAGAGGAGAUUGCAAAUACUAACUGUUACAGACGCUGGAAAUGGAAAAAAAGAGUCAAGAAACGAAAAAUGAAGAUAAUUAAAGAUAAAAAAAUAAAUAAAGUUUUCAAUUUAAACAAAUCUAACGCUAACUCAAAUAUUAUAAAAUUGAAAAGGAAAGAGGCUAAUGGAAAACUUCAAUUAUUCUUGACAAAAGUAAUAAACAUUGAGAAUUUGGAUAAAAGUAGCAAGACAGAAGAUUAUGAAAAAAAGUCAUAUUAUCAAGACAGUGAUUUAGAAAGUUUCCAAUUUGAUGACUUAUACAAAUUCGAUGAAAUGCCAGGAAGAUUUAAUCCCAAAAAUCAAUACGAAGGUGAAAUUGACUAUGAUAUUGAUACCGGUGGUAGAACCGAAGAUGAAAAACCCAAUCCACUUAUAUCGAAGAUAAGUACGGCUGUAGAUAUGGCCGUUAAUAUUAAUAACUCAAUUAGACAGUAUAAAGAAAUUAAGAAUGCAUUAAAAGAAAGUGGAAUAGAAUUUGGGCAAGAAAACUCUGGAGUAAAUCUAAUGGCAGGGCUUGAUGUAAUAAAUGCACUAACUGGUGGACCUACAGAUGAUUUGAGUGCAAUGUUAGGUUCUAUUAAUGAAAAUAACAAAGUUUUUAAUGAAGCUGAUAUUUUGAGUGAGCUACAAACAGGUGAGAUGCCAAAUGAUGUAGAAAAAAAAGUUGGUAGUAGAGUAUUUGAGGACUUGGACAUCUCAUAUGACGACUUCAAACGUAAGGUUGAAAUCGAACUUAAAAAUUCUGAUUUGAAUUUUGAUUUUGAUGAUUAG